CGCCGCAUUCUGACCGAUAUCUACUCAAACAACAUCAUGGACUUUGCCGUCGGACAAGACUCAGUUCAAAUCCAUCCAACAGCCGGAGUCCGACAAGGAGAUCCAUUAAGCAGCGUCGUCUUCAAUCUGGCGGCAGAACCGAUCAUCAGGACAGUAAAAUCAAACAACAACGGGUUCGCAGUCUACCAGUCAAGAGUGUCCACUUCGUCCUAUGCAGACGACAUUGCCAUCGCAGGAUCUUCAGUCAGCGAAAUCCAGGGAACUCUCAAUGCCACCGAGAACACGGCAACCUCACUCGGCUUGAGAUUUAAUCCUAACAAAUGCACGUCACUCACACUCAUUAAUGGCAAAUCUUCUGUAGAUAACCCACUGAAACUCGGAGACUCCCAAAUAAGGGCCCUAGCCGAGGACGAACAGGAAAACUAUCUAGGGACUCCACUAGGCUCACGACUAACCUUCCGACCCACCACGUCACUUCUCGGAAAUUUGAUAAAGAUUGGCGACUCCGGUUUGGCUCCCUGGCAAAAGCUGGAAGUGUACAGAAGUGUACUACUCCCAUCACUUUCCCACCACCUUGCAUCGGGAAGAGUCGAGAAAAGAUCCCUCUACGACCUGGACGUCGCCUGCAGAGAUUUCCUUCGCAAGGUAGCCUGUGUCCCUAUGUCCGCUAACACUGCUUUUUUCUACUCAGAUCGCCGCGUGGGAGGACUUGGAGCUCUCCCCCUCACAGACGAGGCUGACAUUUGGACCCUGGCAAGAGCACUGCAACUCCUAGAUAGCAAAGACAAGAACGUCAGUGAAGUGGCAAUGGCACAACUAGAAGAAACCAUCAAAUUGGGAUACGGCAGGAACGAGGUCCCCUUUCCACUUCCUAUUAACGAGUACUUGGCAGGUUCCAUGGAAAAGGGACUUGGAGCAAUCAGACAUGGAGGAGCAUCGAUGAACCUUUGGACCCGCGCAAGGAAGGCCUCGGGCUGUUUGAAGAGGAUAAGGAUUGAUGUAUCCGGCGAAGAGUACAGCAAAGUUAUCGCCGAUGACAUCUCCACAAUCUCCAUCAAGGCAGUCAGAGGACUCCGGACCGCGAUGAGGCAAAGGUGGACAAGCAGACUCCUGUCAGCUCAACAAGGAAAGACGGCAACCGGAUUAGCUCUUGACAUGGCCAAGGAGAACGCAGGUCUCUUAUCAUGCCGAACGCCACUGUCCUUCCAGGAAUGGCACUUUCUCCACAAGGCGAGACUAGGGAUACUGCCAGUCCGAGGUGGCCCAGGAUCAAAGUCGACAGUCAAAACCUGUCGACUAGGACUGAUGGCGGAAGAAACGGAGAAACUUGGCCACACCGUCUCCGUCAACCUCGCCGUGGACAACUCCGGACUCAGACCAGACCUGGUGGUCACUUCCACCAACCCUCCCAUCAUCAUCGACGUCACGGUUCCCCUCAGCAGCGCGGAUGGACUCGAGAAGGCACAGGCAAGGAAAAUUGAAAAGUACAAACAUCUUGGUGUGGUACUCCCUCUCGUGGUUGGUUCACUAGGGUCCUGGCUCCCAAGCAACGAUGAGAUAUGUCUUGCCCUGGGAUUCUCGGGUAGAAAAUGGCAGAGCCUCAAGAAGAAGAUGAAACUACUGGCCAUCCAAGGAACAACUCAAAUCAUAGCCAAACAUCUGGCAUACCAGACCGAAGCAAGCGAUCCCGAACCCGAAGAAGAAGAAGCAGAAGAGGGCGCAAGUCCUCCCUCUUCCUCAAACUAAGGGUUUUUUAACGUAGCGUUGACACGUCGUCUCGCGAACU